CUUCAUCGGCCAUGGCGAUCGGAGAGAAUGUUUGCGGCUUCUCUCCUCGCCAUCUGUGUCUCUUUCCUCUAACUCUAUCGAGCAAAACGCACGCAACUCUGAGAGAAAGAGAGAGACUUGCAUAAAUUACAGAGAGUCAUAAAUAUAUAUAUAUAUAUAUGCAUAUCUAGACAAUUGUACGAGCAUAAUGUCUACAUUGGAUCCUGUCGAUUCGUUCCUCUUCUCUCUCAGCAGAGCCUUUUGCAGUCCGCUAGCAGUUUUUGUCCAGAUCCAGGGAUGUCUGAUCUGUUUGAUACUUGCUUUCGGAUGGGCUUGUGCAGCUUAUGUCAGGAAUAGAGAGAUUAGAAGGAUGAAAGAUAGUGUGCAACGUGGAAAUAGCUUUGCUUUCCUUUGCCAUGAUAUCACUGAACUUGAGCACUCAAAUCAGCUCAAACGGCCAAGCGUAUCAGUUGUUAUGCCUUUAAAGGGAUUUGGAGAACACAAUUUACACAAUUGGAGGAGCCAGAUCACUUCUCUCUAUGGUGGUCCCUUAGAAUUUCUUUUUAUCGUGGAAAGUACAGACGACCCUGCUUACCGUGCAGUAUCUAUGUUACUAUCUGAGCUUAAGGAUGAGGUUGAUGCUAAGGUUGUUGUAGCUGGCCUUUCAACAACCUGUAGUCAGAAAAUUCACAACCAAUUGGUUGGAGUGGAGAAAAUGCACAAAGACAGCAAGUAUGUAUUAUUUUUGGAUGAUGAUGUCAGGCUUCACCCUGGGUCAAUUGGAGCCCUAACAGCUGAGAUGGAGAAAAAUCCUGACAUAUUUAUCCAAACUGGAUACCCUCUUGAUUUGCCAUCGGGAAGCUUAGGGAGUUACUGCAUUUAUGAAUAUCAUAUGCCUUGCUCAAUGGGCUUUGCUACUGGUGGAAGGACAUUCUUUCUGUGGGGAGGGUGCAUGAUGAUGCAUGCAGAUGAUUUUAGACUUGAUCGCUAUGGCGUGGUCACAGGACUUAAAAAUGGUGGUUACUCGGAUGAUAUGACUCUUGCAGCUAUAGCCGGAGCUCAUAAGAGGCUGAUCACGUCACCCCCAGUCGCUGUGUUUCCUCAUCCACUUGCAAGUGAUCUUAGUUUUUCGAGGUAUUGGAAUUACUUGAGGAAGCAGACAUUUGUAUUAGAAUCAUAUACAACCAAAGUUAACUGGAUAAUGAACCGUGCAUUGUUUACCACCCACUGCUAUCUCUCAUGGGGAUUUGUAACACCAUACUUAAUGGCCAUUGUUCAUAUCACCGCAGCCCUGAGAAUGUAUAUUAAGGGGUAUUCAAUCGAGGAAACAACCUUCACUUUUGGUGGAUUGAAACUGGUAAGCUGCCUGGCUGCAUGCACAUUGAUCGAACUUCUUUCAAUGUGGAACUUGACCAGGAUAGAAGUUCAUCUAUGCAACAUGUUAUCACCAGAGGCACCUAAACUCUCACUUGCUUCUUACAACUGGGGACUUGUAUUUAUUGCAAUUCUAGUAGAUAAUUUUUUAUACCCCAUCUCUGCCUUCCGUUCACAUUUCACCCAGUCAAUAAAUUGGUCUGGCAUUCGAUAUCACUUAAAGGAUGGGAAGAUAUUCAAGAUUGAACGAAGCAAAGAUAUGGGUCCAGUAUAUACUGAUUUGGGAGGAAAGCAUUUAGGAAAGAAAGGAGCUCCUCCAAAAUUGUCAUUCCUCAGCUCUUUGGCCAGAAGUUUGGCACAAUGGCGUCAGCCCAAGAAAUAUGAUAGCUAGUAGUAAAGUAAUGUGUUUGAAGAAACGUGUCUUUUGAUCAGUUUGCCCAGCUUUCAAGAUUGGAUGGGAGACGGAGAAUGUUAGAAGAAAAAUUUGUUGGGGUUAGAUUGGUUGGCCAUUCAAUUAUUGAUUUAUUUAAGUGCUCUAGAUAUUUUAGUCUCAUUUUUUAAAACCCCAUUCAAUCCGUUUGAUUCUUCAGCCUCAACCCCCACCGUCUCGGUUGAUUGAUUUGUAAUUUGCACUCUCUUUUUCUUUUUUAGUCAUGUAACUUAAAUUCUUAUACAGCUGAGAUUCAAAUGAUAGCCAGUAGAGAUUUGAUUUCAUGUGCU